AUGCCCUUAGUCUCUGUAAAACAAGAACCAAUAGAUGAUGAACAUGAAAAAUUGCCUGUUCCUGAUAAAAAUCUACCCGUACCUGAUAAUGUCAAUCCAGAGUCUGCUGUAGUAUAUGGUCCUCACCAACUUGAACCUCCUGCUUCCCUUUUCACCAAACUCAACCUCUUUAACAUCAUGGAUGAACACAGAAGAUCAACCUCUCUCACAAAUAGACUGUCUAUUCCCCUGAAUAUCCCACAAAACACAAAACUCACACAAGAUCAAGUUCUGUCUCUGCCCUCACCACAAACCACACAAGCAAAAAACCCUGAGCAUCAAAAUCCUGAAAAUCCUCUCCCCAUCCAGUCAGAAAACUCUCAUACUGAUGAAACUAGGUCUGAACCUCAAUCUAAACCAAAUCCUGAAACAACACCUACCAUCCCCAUUGAUGAUUCUCUAUUAGACUUUGAGUUUGAAACAGGAAAUCCUCCAGAAUUACAAGUUGCAGAACCAACUGAUGAAGAAGACAAUCUGCCUUUGUCCCAAGUGAAGAAGAACCAAGCGAAUGCUAAUGGGAAGAAGAAGAUUCAAGAAGAACAUGUGGACAAAAAUCCUGUGGCAAAAAUUCAAGUUUUUCCCUCCCCUGUCACCAGGCGAAAAACCAGGUCAUCCACAACACAACAGGAGAAGGAAACCCCCACACCAGCUCGAAAAACUAAGAGAAAACAGCCAAUUGCUGAACAACCUGUCCCUGUGGAAACCACGACUAGUAAGAAGAGAAAGAAGAGCACCACUCAAACUCAGCAACCUGAAAGCCAGCCGGAUGUCUCUGCCGUAACACCUCUUGAAGUAAUCACCCCUCAAUUCUUAUCUGAUGAGUAUGCAGCAAGAUGGGACUCAACAAACAAAAGGAAAAUCCUGAGCGAAAGGUAUCUUGAUGUUGAAAAGUUCAAGUCUCAGUGUCAACUUAUGCCAGUGUUUGAGAAGUUAAACCUUGUCAAGUCUGUAACAACUCAGACGAGCUAUCCACCUAUCGCCAUCAAGGAAUUUUAUGCAAACCUUCUGAAGACUAUCAAGGAAGCUGGCUCACAUGUUUAUGGACGUGUUUGGCUGAGGGAUAACGAAUACAAUUUUGACACACGUACCAUCAAUCUGUAUCUGGGCAUAGAUGCAAGUGACAUUGAGGACCCUAUUAUUGGUGCGAACACAAUCACAAAAGUCAUUACAGGAGGAACAUACAGCUAUUGGCCUGCUGAAACCAACAUGUUGCCAGCCAAAUCUCUCACAACAAAAUAUGCUAUUCUGCACAAACUAGCCAUGACAAAUUGGAUGCCAAAUGAACACCGAUGA